AUGCCACCAAAAUUUUCAUGCAAAGCUCACGUAAAAGAUUAUUGCUCUAAGUGUACAUUCGCUGGCGUGCAUUUUAUUGCUGAUGCCACCAAACACUGGAUUGAAAGAGUGUUAUGGGCUAUCCUCGUAAUUUUAUCGUGGUAUGGCUCAGCUCUCCUUAUAAGCGCAGCCUGGGAAGCUUUCGUCAAGAGCCCCAUAAGCUUCGGCGUGGAGACAACCUAUCUAGACUGGGAAACUAAACUUCCUGCUGUUGCUAUCUGCGAUAUUGAUUCCUCUUCUAAUAAAUACAAAAUCUUUGAUACUACAGCCAAAAUUUGGCCAUCGGGUUACGGUUAUGACCUCGACGACGUCCUUUUUGACAUCGCUUAUUUUCGUGGGAGAGCCUAUAAUCUAGUACGAGUGUGUCUUCCAGAGGACCGCAACCCUUAUUGCCCUCUUUCAAAUUACAGUUAUUAUGCCUCUUUGAUACGAAGCACCUGCCCUGAGGUGUUAGCAAAUUGUUCUUACAAUAACGAAACUUUUGACUGCUGCGAAUAUUUUAAACCGAUAGAAACUGAUGUUGGACUUUGCUUCAUUAUCAACUCCAUACAAACUAAGAAUCCAAAACCUUAUCCAAUGGAAACCAAUAAAAAACAAAAGCGUGGGAUAUUGCGAUUUAAAGUAUUGCUUGCGAUAAUGAUAUACACAUUGGGAGAAGAUGAGGUUCCUAAUAUCGCGACUUUAAUAUCGUCGACCCUAAAAGUUUUACUUGGGAAAACAUAUCGUCGAGAAGUAACAGUAAAGAACAUUGAAAACCAUCCCCUAGUCGGACUGACGACUCUCGAGCAGCGAUCCUGUCGGUUCCAUCAUGAGAACGAAAAUGGACUAUACCCCCAUUACUCCUACAGCGCCUGCAAUGUCCGCUGUCGGAAAUUGGCCCAGAUGGAGACCUGCCAGUGCAACGACCACUUUAUGCUCAACACUACUGAUGAAGAACGUUGCAAUAUAUCGGGCAUGGCGUGCCUUCAUAAUUACUUCGCCGAACUGUCUACCCUCAAGCCGAAGUGGGCACAACGGCCUGGACUCGCUUGCGAUUGUCUUCCAUCUUGUAAUGAAACAGAGAUAAAUGUUAUUCAAGAUGUGGUUUCCACAACACGACCACGAAAUUUAAAGGAAUCAUUCGUUGAAAUCGUUCUCGCAUACUUGCCAACAGAAAGAUUUAAGAGGAAUGUCGUUAGAAGUCGUCUUGACUUGGUUGUAUCAGUCGGUGGUGCGGCGGGUUUGUUUGUUGGGGCCAGUUUGCUCAGCUUUGUUGAAUUAAUUUUCUUUUACACCGUCCGUUUUAUCAACAACGUUUGGAUGGAGCAGCGUAAACAGAAAAACAAUGUUCACCAAAUUAGAAACUGAAAUGUACUUAGACAGUUUAAACAAGAAAGCCUUGUUUAACUUUGUUUUUAAGAUAUAAUGAUACAUUUGCCUAAAAGCCUUAAAAGCUCAACCGAUAAUUCUAAUAAGCUAUGGCUUAAACCGUAUAGAACGUAGAUUCACAAGUCUCGUAUUUGCCACAUUUUUGAACACAAAGUAAAAGCGCUUCAAUAUAUAUUUAUAAAUAUUCCAUGAGAGGCGUUUUAUUCACUAAUAUUUGCUAAAAAAUUAUGUUUAAAGAAUAUUAGAAAAACACGCCAUAUUGAUUCUUUAUUGUCAAGUACUCAGUUCUAGGUACAGUAUGUACCUUUGUUCAUUAUAAUCAGAGGUACAAAAUCAAACCCGUAUUAAA